GCCGCUCGGGCCACCCAGGGGAAAACAUGGCGUCUGCCCUGGAGCAGUUCGUGAACAGUGUCCGACAGCUCUCAGCUCGGUUUGUGAAGUUUUCUAUGCCCAGUGUUCCUGACUUCGAAACGCUAUUCUCACAGGUUCAGCUCUUCAUCAGUACUUGUAAUGGGGAGCACAUUCGAUAUGCAACAGACACUUUUGCUGGGCUUUGCCAUCAGCUAACAAAUGCACUUGUGGAAAGAAAACAGCCCCUGCGAGGAAUUGGCAUCCUUAAGCAAGCCAUAGACAAGAUGCAGAUGAAUACAAACCAGCUGACCUCAAUACAUGCUGAUCUCUGCCAGCUUUGUUUGCUAGCAAAAUGCUUUAAGCCUGCCCUUCCAUAUCUUGACGUGGAUAUGAUGGAUAUCUGUAAAGAGAAUGGAGCCUAUGAUGCAAAGCACUUUUUAUGUUACUAUUAUUAUGGAGGGAUGAUCUAUACUGGGCUGAAGAACUUUGAAAGAGCUCUCUACUUUUAUGAACAGGCUAUAACUACUCCUGCCAUGGCGGUCAGUCAUAUCAUGUUGGAAUCAUAUAAAAAGUAUAUUUUAGUGUCUUUGAUAUUACUUGGCAAAGUACAACAGCUACCAAAAUAUACAUCUCAAAUUGUGGGUAGAUUCAUUAAGCCUCUUAGCAAUGCAUACCACGAGUUAGCACAAGUGUAUUCAACCAACAACCCCUCAGAACUCCGAAACCUGGUGAAUAAGCACAGUGAAACCUUCACUCGCGAUAACAACGUGGGGCUGGUGAAGCAAUGCUUGUCAUCUCUUUAUAAGAAGAAUAUUCAGAGGCUAACAAAGACCUUUUUAACUCUAUCAUUACAAGAUAUGGCAAGUCGUGUGCAGUUAUCUGGACCUCAGGAGGCAGAAAAAUAUGUUCUGCACAUGAUAGAAGAUGGUGAGAUUUUUGCAAGUAUUAACCAGCAGGACGGUAUGGUCAGUUUCCAUGAUAACCCUGAAAAAUAUAAUAACCCAGCCAUGCUUCAUAACAUUGAUCAGGAGAUGCUGAAGUGCAUUGAGCUGGAUGAGCGGCUGAAAGCCAUGGACCAGGAGAUCACAGUGAACCUUCAGUUUGUACAAAAGAGUAUGGGCUCACAAGAAGAUGAUUCAGGAAACAAACCAUCCAGUUAUUCUUGAAACUAACAUCCAUCCUGAGCUAAACAAGAGAAACUACCAUCUUGGCCAGUGACAAGUGUUCGGAGGGCAGCAGAGAGGACCAAGCCUGUGUCACCUGGAGACUAAGAAAUUAAGUUUUGUUUUGACAUCUUCAGUCCUGUGUGCUUUCAGAAAACCAUUCUCUCUGCAAAGAAAGGAAACAGAUUUGCAAACUUUAAAGUCUGUCGUGGAUUUAUUUAUCCUCAGAUUAUUGUUACUGCAUUAAAUCUACCUUUUUGUUUUA